CAUUAUUUAAUUCAAUAUUUUAUAUUGAUUGAAAAUGACACUUAAAAUUAAUUUAUCACAUGAUGAAUCAUGCAAAUUGCUGUGAACGUAGAAAAAUUCUAUAUUAUAUGUUUUUGAUAAUAUUAAUUAUCUAUUAUUAAAUUAAGUAUUCAUUAAAUAUUGUGUUUAUUUUCAAAAAUAUAAAUGGAUUCAAUGGAUGAAGAUAUGUUUGCACUCAGCGAUAAUGAGUUACCAAUAUCAACUUCAAACUGUAAUCCCGUAGAAGAGCAUUUAAUGAAACAAUUGUCAGAUGUGCAAACUCGAAUCCAGAAAACAAAAAAUGAUAUUAAAGAAAUUCAAGAUAUGACAAAACAUGCUUUAGAAUCUUUAUAUAAUCAAGCGUUAUAUGGAAGAAAUAUAAUAUUGGAUUGUGAUAGUGACUUAUAUACCAUAGAUGGUCAACCAGUGAUAAAGAAGAUAAAACAUAAAUUUGAUUCCUGUGAAUAUAUGGUAAUAAAAAGCAAUUGGAAGUAUAUUUUUUCUGACAAAUGGGUUAUUGGAAUAGAACUAAUGAACAAUUCAGAAAAAACGUUAAGUAAUCCUCAGAUUAACGUAUCUCUUAAGGAUAACGAUGAACUUUGUGGCAUAUCGAUGUUUUGGAAAUUAGUUAAUGAAAUAUUUUCAUAUCGAAUUGAUAAAAUUCAACCGAAUAGUUAUGUUAUGGCUACCGUUGUUCUCAAUAUACCAAAAUUUGAUAAAAAUCCUUUCUGUGAUGUGUAUGGUACAAUUUCAUACAAAAUCGAAGAAAAUGAAUAUCAAAUUCCAAUACCUGUUAUUCGUCUUACGAUUGAGGAUACUAUUGAUAACAAUUAUCAAGUUAAAUUUUUAACCAAGAGGAAUCAUUUUCAAGUAAAAACGAAAGAUAUUUUGCCUAUGAUUUUAGCUUUAAGAAGUACAUCAGUGGAGAAAAUCAUUGAUGUACAAAUCAAAAGAAUACCUAAAAAAGAGAAAGAAUUUUUGACAUUUUUGAAAGAAAAAUCUUUCGAAGCAAUUUUCGAAAAUAUUUAUAUCGUACAAACGACUAGUUGUCUAAUGUAUUGUUUGAUCGAGAUACUGCCUAUUAUCGAAGGAGAAGAAAAAUUAAGAAUUUCUUCAAAAUCUAACCAUCAAAUGAAUAUAAUAUUACGAUUUUUAAGAGAUCAUUUUUCGGACAUAAUUAUUGAAGAAGAUGUUAAUCUUCGUGCUGCCAUGGUUCUUAUGAAUGAAUUAAAAUUAUAUCUUGAGGACACGAGCACCGCCGAACGGCAAAUGGCGAGAAUAAGAACUGACCUACUUAUCCCAUGAACACGGAAUUGCAGUCAAAUUGAAUAGUAUCCAAGAUUUUCGAAUUAUAUUUAUCUCACUCCUAGCUCUUGCUCCUAGACAAUAAUAUCAGGAUAACAUGGCAUAGGUAGUAGCUUUGUAACUAUCGAGAUCCCACUGAAAACCGGUUUACUUACUAUAUAGUAAGUACUCUUCAAUCUAACUUGCAUGAGUAUAGAGUUAAUACAAAAUCAUAUUGUAUCAAUAAAUAAUUUUAAUAAAAAUA